AUGGAAAAAGAUGAAUCAGAUGGUUAUUUUCGAGCAACUGUAAAUUUAGCUGAUGGCAUUUUUCAUUACCAAUUUAAAAUUCAAAUAAAAUCUUGGUUUGAACAAGAACCAGAACCUGCAUUACAUGAUGAUGAUGAUGAUGAUGAUGAUGAUAUAUAUAAAGAAAUGAUUCAAGAGGAAAAAGAAGAAAAAACGGAAGCAUAUGUCAAACUAAGUGAUGAAACUCGUGAACGUAAGAAACGAUGUGAACAAGAAGCUACUUUUACAGAAAUUUGGUAUAGAUUUGUUGAUCCUUAUGCUACUGAUGUUGAUGAACGUGGCUCAGAUGUUGCACAUAAAGCUGUUGGUGUAUUAAUAAUUAAAAAUGGCAAACGAAUUAUCGAACUUGUUAUUUAUGAAGUACAUAUAAGCGAUUUUUCUGGUGGAGAUAAUGAUCCACUUGCUCGUAGUCAAUUUAAACAUGUUACAUAA